CGAUCAUCAGCGCAGCUGGUAUCAAGUUUCGCCCAUGGCUGGCUACUUGCCACCGGGCUUCCCCUUCCUUUCUCCACCACCGCCGCCGCGCUCUGCGUGGUCUCCGCCACCGCCCCAGACGACACCGCGUCCGCAGUUUUCGCCCAAGUCCAGAGACAACGACGCGGCGUCCCACGGCGGGGUCAUCGCAGGCGUCGCCAUAUCCGUCGGCGCCUUCUUUCUCGUGCUCUCCUUCCUGUGCAGCCUCUGCCAAGGGUACCGCAACAGGCGUGCCAAUGCCGCGGUCGACGCUGCCGCAACCGCAGCCGCUGCAGCGCUCGCCGCGCGGCCGCGGGCGCCACCACGACCAGAGCCCUGGGACAACGAGGAGCAGUGGCUACGCCGCCACCGCAGCGACCGGGAGGACGACGGCCGCACACGGCGCGCCAGCCCGACGGCGGGCCUCCCGUCGUUCACGUACAACCGGGCGGUGAGGCACAACGUGAAGGGCAGCGGGGAGGAGGCGGCCACGUGCUCCGUGUGCCUCGGAGCGUUCCAGCCCGGGGAGACGGUGCGGCUGCUGCCGGUGUGUAUGCACCUUUACCACGUCGAGUGCAUCGACCCCUGGCUUCAAGCCCAUUCGACGUGCCCGCUAUGCCGGUCGGGCACUGACGACCCGACGAUGCACGGCGGCCUGCUUCUGCCGGUUUAGGCGCGCUCGAUUGGAUCAGGCCUUCACGGCGUGCAUUGUUUGCAUAGGUGCGUUGUAAAUUAAUUUCGUUAUUUUUUUACCAUAAUAUUAAUAUAAUUGCGCAAAUAAUGCAGUGUAUAUUUUCAGCUGUUAUUUUUGUGACAGAGAAUUCAAGUUAUAGUACUUCUAUAUUUGUAUCUAUAAAAGAGCAUCUCCAAGAUGAUACCAAAAAAAUUUCACCAAAAACUGUUUUUUAGCGGCAGACUAAAAUUUAUUAGAAAUAGAAUACCCUGUUUACUCUAACAGUUUUCCAAUUAGACCUAGUUUAGGUAGUUUAGUAUUAAUCUCAAUCUAUAUAUGUUGAGGUGGGUUAGGGUGUAACUUGUGGAUUAGGGUCAAUAUUAGAGUACAUAAACAAAUCUUUAAAAGACUCAAAUGAAAAAUAUACCAGCAAAAAAAAGCGCAGGCAUGAAUCGGCCAUUUUGUAUCAGCCGUGUUUCUCUACUUGACGGAAGAACUUGCCCCACGUUCAACAGACGACGUGAUUUUUACUAAAAAUAUUGGACGCGUCAAUAGCUAGAUGGUACGCCUGGGCGCUUGCAAUAUUGGACGUCAUUUGACGGAAGACUCAAAUGAAAACACAGGAAUAAAAACGACUU